UGUCCAUCACAGUGCGCUGGCAGUUGAAAGGUCACGUUCAUUAUAUUAAACACACCCAAAAAAAUAAGCUAGUCAUCAAUAUUCAUACUGAAGCUCAUCAAGGGGCGCGUAUUAGUAGCAGGGAUCAGCCAUGCUUGGAGGCUUCCACACAGAUUUGUUAGUCACAGCGACUCUACUCCUUCUAACUCAGACUGGCACUCAAUGCAGGGCAGAAAAUGACUGGUCGCCUGUUACUUUACCAGACUGGAGAACAGAUGCUGCCGAGCCCGGAACUACAGAAAAUCCUCCAGAAACGACUCCCUCUUCAACUCUUCCAUCUCAUACACUGGAUCCAGCUUUAUGUCCCAUAAACUGCGACUUUGAGAAGAAUCUGUGUGGAUGGCAGCAGCUCAUGCAGGACUCCUUUGAUUGGACAAGAUAUUCAAGCGCCACUCCAACAAACGGAAGCGGGCCAAACCAUGACCACACCACUGGGGCGGGCUUCUAUCUGUAUAUUGAGGGGGACAGUGUAACCCAUGGAGACUCAGCACGUCUGUUGAGCUCUGAGUGCCAUUACAACGGCCCAGCCUGCCUCAACUUCUGGUACCAUAUGUAUGGUUCAGCCACAGCCAUGGCCCUCAAUAUGCAUCUGCUCCAAGGAAAUAAAGCUACCAAGAUUUGGUCCAUGAAGAACAACCAGGGACAGGAAUGGCAUCCAGGAAAAAUCGAUAUCAACGUCACCAGCCCUUUCCAGGUCAUUGUGGAGGGAAUUAGGGGCUCUGAUGCUCUGUCAGAUGUGGCCAUUGAUGAUAUUUCCAUUCACUUUGGAGCUUGCUCAAGUAGCCUGGAGAGUGGAAACAAACCUCCCUCGACUGCAGAAGUCCUUCCCUCAGACCCAGUUUGCAGUUUGAACUGUAGCUUCGACAGCAGUUUUUGCAGAUGGAAUCAGAUGAGUACGGAUGCGUUUGACUGGACAUGGAAAAGUGGCUCUACACCGACCUUAAUGACUGGGCCCUCUGCUGACCACUCUGGUGAUGGUCACUACGUCUACAUUGAGGCCAGUAGUGUGUACCAUGGAGACACGGCCCGUCUCAUCAGUUCUGAAUGUUCUGCCAUCGGUCCUCAGUGUUUACAGUUCUGGUACCAUAUGUACGGCUCAGCCGAUACUAUGGGCCUCCAUGUAUAUUUGCUACAAGGGAAAAAAGCAGAUGCUAUUUGGUGGAAGAGGAAUGAUCAAGGUAACAAAUGGCACUUGGCUCAGGUGGACCUGACCGCCACAAGAGCCUUCCAGAUCAUCAUUGAAGGACGCAGGGGCUCCAAUGAAGAAUCGGAUGUCGCCAUAGACGAUGUCAUGCUUUACCAUGGCCAAUGUUCAGAGCUAAGUGAUGUGGUGACCCCGUACCCUCCUAAACCUGAUGGAAACGCCACAGCUCCCCCCCAUGUCACUUUGCCUGUAACUGCAGUUACAGAGCUUCCUGCAGUGAAUGUUACUGAUAAGUUCCCUGAUACAGCUUGGCCGCCUGUAGCAAAUGCCACCCUACCUCCCAUCAUUGAAACUACUGAUUUCAUUAAGAAUGUUACUGAAGCUGCAAAGAACAUACCACAAAACUCAGAGUGUCCCAUUAACUGCGACUUUGAGAAGAAUCUGUGUGGAUGGCAGCAGCUCAUGCAGGAUUCCUUUGAUUGGACAAGAUAUUCAAGCGCCACUCCAACAAACGGAAGCGGGCCAAACCAUGACCACACCACUGGGGCGGGCUUCUAUCUGUAUAUUGAGGGGGACAGUGUAACCCAUGGAGACUCAGCACGUCUGUUGAGCUCUGAGUGCCAUUACAACGGCCCAGCCUGCCUCAACUUCUGGUACCAUAUGUAUGGUUCAGCCACAGCCAUGGCCCUCAAUAUGCAUCUGCUCCAAGGAAAUAAAGCUACCAAGAUUUGGUCCAUGAAAAACAACCAGGGACAGGAAUGGCAUCCAGGAAAAAUCGAUAUCAACGUCACCAGCCCUUUCCAGGUCAUUGUGGAGGGAAUUAGGGGCUCUGAUGCUCUGUCAGAUGUGGCCAUUGAUGAUAUUUCCAUUCACUUUGGAGCUUGCUCAAGUAGCCUGGAGAGUGGAAACAAACCUCCCUCAACUGCAGAAGUCCUUCCCUCAGACCCAGUUUGCAGUUUGAACUGUAGCUUCGACAGCAGUUUUUGCAGAUGGAAUCAGAUGAGUACGGAUGCGUUUGACUGGACAUGGAAAAGUGGCUCUACACCGACCUUAAUGACUGGGCCCUCUGCUGACCACUCUGGUGAUGGUCACUACGUCUACAUUGAGGCCAGUAGUGUGUACCAUGGAGACACGGCCCGUCUCAUCAGUUCUGAAUGUUCUGCCAUCGGUCCUCAGUGUUUACAGUUCUGGUACCAUAUGUACGGCUCAGCCGAUACUAUGGGCCUCCAUGUAUAUUUGCUACAAGGGAAAAAAGCAGAUGCUAUUUGGUGGAAGAGGAAUGAUCAAGGUAACAAAUGGCACUUGGCUCAGGUGGACCUGACCGCCACAAGAGCCUUCCAGAUCAUCAUUGAAGGACGCAGGGGCUCCAAUGAAGAAUCGGAUGUCGCCAUAGACGAUGUCAUGCUUUACCAUGGCCAAUGUUCAGAGCUAAGUGAUGUGGUGACCACGUACCCUCCUAAACCUGAUGGAAACGCCACAGCUCCCCCCCAUGUCACUUUGCCUGUAACUGCAGUUACAGAGCUUCCUGCAGUGAAUGUUACUGAUAAGUUCCCUGAUACAGCUUGGCCACCUGUAGCAAAUGCCACCCUACCUCCCAUCAUUGAAACUACUGAUUCUAUUACACAGAACAAAUCACAACACUCAGAGUGCCAGCUUAGUUGUAAUUUUGAAAAAGAUUUAUGUCAGUGGAGUCAGCUGCUUGCUGAUGCUUUCGACUGGACAAGACACAGUGGGGCAACUCCCUCCUUGAAGACGGGGCCUUCUUCAGAUCACACCACAGGACAUGGCCACUAUCUGUACACUGAAGCCAGUGGUGCAUACCAUGGAGACACAGCUCGUCUCAUCAGUUCUGAAUGUUCUGCCACCGGUCCUCAGUGUCUGCAGUUCUGGUACCACAUGUACGGCUCAGCCGAUACUAUGGGCCUCCAUGUGUAUUUGCUGCAGGACAAAAGAGCUGAUGCAAUUUUGUGGAUGAGAAAUAACCAAGGAAAUAUGUGGCGUCUCGCCCAGGUUGACUUCACCACAGCUGGACAUUUUCAGAUCCUUUUCGAGGGACGACGAGGUUCUACUGAUCGGUCAGAUGUGGCUAUAGAUGAUGUAUCACUAUAUCGUGGGCGCUGUGCAGAUCUGACUAAUCCAACGCUCCCUCCUUCUGUAACAACUGAUUCGGUUACAGACAUUUCAAACGUUACACAACCACAAAAUGCAAACUCUACAUCAACAACAACAGACACAACUGGCGUAAACCCACAGACUACCGCAACACCAAAGACCCCGAAUCCGAACGCCUCAACAACAAUGUCAGCAGCUACAACCGACCACCAAGUAGAUGAAGGAACAGAAGAACCGGAACCGGAACCAACAGCUGAGGAAAUAACAACAGCGAUUACAUAUCCCGAAACCACAGCUGCACCCCUACCAACUGGACCCCACCCACAAACAUCAAUGAAACCAGAAACUCCACUCGGAACAGUUACACAACCAACAACAACCGAUGAACAACAAUCAGCAACAUCCAAACCACAACAUCCAAAUGGAACUCAACCAGCAACCACUGCUCGACCGCAGCUUCCAACCACUGCUGGAUCAACGCCCCCCUGUCCACAGCAUAGUCAUUACACAGCUUGUAUCUCCGCCUGCAGCCCGACCUGUAGAUAUAUCAAUGGCCCACCACGAUGCAAUGACACUGAGGAUUGUGAGCCGGGAUGUGAGUGUGAUGAUGGCUAUGUGCUGAGACGGGGCGUUUGUGUACCUGUCCGGCAAUGUGGUUGUGUGGACGCAGAUGGCAAUAAAUACAGCUUUGGUCAAGUGUGGUACACCAGCCGCUGCAGUCACAAAUGCGAAUGUCAGAGGGAAGACGGCCUCGGGGAGAUUGACUGUGAUGAACAUGAGUGUGACGAUAAUGCUGUUUGUCUUCAAAAUGAUAAGGGAGAUUACUACUGCCAGAAAACAGGUUUUGAUACGUGCUUGAUAAAUGGAGAUCCAGAGUACAGAACUUUUGAUAACAUGAAGCAUGACUUUGAGGGUGAGCACUCUUAUGUGCUGGUCCGAAGCAAAAAUUUGCCCGGUAAUCUCCCGGAUGUCUACAUAGAGGGCAACAAUGCACCCAUUAAAUAUGAUAAGGACAGUAGUAGUGAAGAAGAUGACGACGAUGAUGAUGAUAAUGAUAAUAACAGCAGUGAGGAUGAUGAACACCACAGAUUACAUGGGCUCACGAUCAAGGUGUACAACCACACGGUGGAAUUCAAGAAGGGUCAGAAAUUAUUUUUGGAUGGAAAGAGAACUAAGACUCCGGUUUCACCAUCACUUGGUUUGAAGAUUCUGAAGAAGUCCUCUCACAUCUACGCCAAGACUGACUUUGGUCUCAAAGUGAAGUUUGAUGGACGCAACGAUGCAGAAAUAACUCUACCACGUGUAUACAAACGAAAGGUUGGGGGUCUCUGCGGAAACUUUGACGGCAGAAUGCUGAAUGACCGGAUGAAGCCUGAUGGUACCAUGGCCAAGACUGUUCAAGAGUUUGGAGAGAGCUGGAGAGUGUGACCAUAAAUUGGAUGAAACAAACAGCUCUUAAUAACUAACUCUUGACCUCCAAUACGUCAUAGCUUGAUAACAACAUCUGCAUUCAUAUGUUGUUUUUUUCUCUCUGCCCAAAAUCUGACUCGUCAUUUGCUUUGUCCACUGCUCACAGAUUCAUAUUUUAUUGAGAAAUGUGUGUACUUUGCUCAACUGUUGCUAGAACUUAAUAAAAAUGCUAUGUGCAGUAUUUCAAGCGAAUGCCAUGCAUGAUCCCAUAACUUAUUGUAACCCAGUGUACAUGCAGCAUAUUCAAGUUUGU